AUGACAAUUCCUCACGAUUUUAGCAGACAAUACUGGCCUAGAUGCACAAAUUAUCUUACUUUGAAUACAGAAGGUUUCCUAUUUAAGAGCCUGCAGGUCAUAGUGAGUACUUCUAUUCAUUUGCCUUUUUCCUUCCCAUCAAAACAGGGCAAGUUCAUUCGCAUCCAUUUUGGUCCUUCAGGGAAGCUGGCUUCCGCUGACAUUGACAUCUAUUUGUUGGAAAAAUCGAGAGUGAUUUUCCAGCAGCCAGGAGAGAGGAGCUACCAUAUCUACUAUCAAAUCCUUUCUGGAAAGAAGCCAGAACUCCAAGAUAUGCUGCUGUUGUCUUCCAACCCCUAUGACUACCAUUUCUGCUCACAAGGUGUAACAACUGUAGACAACCUGGACGAUGGAGAGGAACUCUUGGCUACAGAUCAUGCUAUGGACAUCCUGGGCUUCAGCAACGAGGAGAAUACGGCUGCUAUAAGAUAGUAGGAGCCAUCAUGCACUUUGGCAACAUGAAAUUCAAGCAGAAACAACGCGAAGAACAGGCAGAAGCUGAAGGCACUGAAAGUAAGGGAGUUUGCCUACAUUGCUGCCUACAAAUCCCAUUGUGGCCGCCAGAUCAGUCUGUUGCAGCAAACUAGCAGUCUGGUGGUACUUGGAAGCAGAGCCAGCGAAAGCACCUGAUUA